AUGUCGGUUCUCGGAAAGACGGGUUCGAGAGUUGUCAUGGUGGAUACGGUUUUGGAGCUCGCAACGACGACGGGAUAUACGACAUACAUACGAUAUAUGAUGAAGGUUUUUGAGCGUGUCCUGGAGGCUCGUCUGAGGAAAAUUGUCAGCGUUUCACUCAACCAGUGCGAUUUUGUGAAGGACUGCAGCACUAUAGAUGCUAUCCAUGCUGUCCGUAUCCUUCUGGAGAAACAUCGAGAGAAGAGCUGCAGUGUGUAUCUUGCUUUUCUCGAUCUCGAGAAAGCUUUCGACCGUGUCCCACAUGAGCUGCUAUGGAUGUCCAUGAGGUCGCAUAGAGUACCAGAAGAAUAUGUGCGGUGGACAAUGCUGCUUUAUGCGAAGCCUACCAGCGUUGUCCGAUGUGCUGCUGGAACAAGCAGGCCAUUCCCUGUACAAGUAGGGGUUCACCAGGGUUCAUCCCUCUCACACCUGCUGUUCAUACUAUGCAUGGACACGAUAACAAAGGAAAUCCAGAAGCAGUAUCCGUGGACUCUACUCUUUGCCGAUGAUGUCAUGCUCGCGUUGGAGUCUCGAGGUGAUCUUCAGAAACAAGUACAGUCUUGGAAGGAUCGGCUGCAGAAAUAUGGAUUGCGCCUCAACACAUCAAAAACUGAGUACAUGGAGUGCGGACCAAGGAUAGAGGAUGGUUCAAUUCGUGUCGAUGGCACCGAAAGGUGA